AUGACCUUGCCUUCGUCGGCGCCCUUCCAACGGCUCCCCCUUUGCCGCCACCUAGAGCGGGAGCGGUGGUUCGAGGGGGAGGGGUACGAGGCGAUGCACGUUCAAGGCAGGCGGUGGAGCGGCGACAUGGGCGGGCGAUCUGAUUGUCGGCAUUCAAAAGCUACUUUCUGGCUUUAUUUCAAGAUUCUCUCUGGACCGAAAGCUCGAACUAUUCUGUUAAAUGGCGCUGUUCGAAAGGGGGAACGCAUAGUACCACUUGCUGUACUUGAUCUACUCAUGCGGGCGACUUUUCCUGCUUCUACAGCUCGAGUCAAGGCAACUGAAAGAUUUGAGACAUUUUAUCCUACUCUAAAAGAGUUGGCUCUUACUGGUUCUGGUACCAAAACCACAAAGCAAGCAUCACAACAGCUUUUGCCUUUUGCCAUCCAAGCGAUUCAAGAAAAUAAUUCCGAGCUAACAAAGGAAGCGACGGAUUUGUUCAUCUGGUGUUUGACUCAGAAUGCUGAGUGCUAUAAACAGUGGGAAAAACUCUAUGUAGAGAAUGUUGGUGCGACAAUUAUUGUUCUUCGGAAACUCUCCACUGAGUGGCGAAAUUACUCGGCCAAAAUUUCCCCCGACACUCUCAAAGUAACACUUAAGCAUUUGAGGGCUAAAAAUGAAGAUGCCCUGUCAAGAAACACAGACCCCAGCCAAGUAGCAUCCAUCAAAGAAGCUGACAAGUAUUGCAAGACAAUUUUGAUGAAGUUAACACGUAAUUUUGGCUGCAUGAAGGGUAGUGUUUUGGUGCUUGUGCUGGGAAUUGGUCUAUUUUUCACUCUUUCACCUAAUGCCGAGUUAAUUAACUCGGAGAACAUCAAUUGGGAGAAAUUUCAGGUGUUGUUCAGUUCUCUCCAAUCCUCUUAG